AGAAAGUUGACAGAGGAAAUUUUGACAAAUAAAUCAAAUCCGUUUAGUUUGACAGUUAUUAAUUUGAAUACUAUAUAUUUUAUUAACCAGUACAGGAGUUACCAUAUUUAUGUCAUAAAUUCAGGAACACAUUUUGCCACUGUGCUACCACAAAAGCACACAAGACACUUUGAAAAAAAAAAAAAUGCAAUUUGUGUUGUAAAAAGUGAGAAGCCUAGUCAGGAUGCUGUUGAGACUCAGCUACAGAGAAAAGAGGAAGACGAAAAGGCUGAUAAUGCCGCCUUGGAAGUUGUAAUUCACAAGUUGGUGACAAACAGUGAGCACUUAGUAGCAGAAGCAGUUAAAGCACAGGCAGAAGUGGCUCAGUGCAUUCGCAAUCAAUCUAGACUGCUGCAACAGGCCAUGGAUGACACAUCUGAAAUACUUCAGAAGGAUUCCCAGUGGGAGGCUGUGGCAGUUGCCCACAGAGAGAAAGAGCUUGCUAUGAUCAGGGCUGGGGAGCUUCUGGCAGAAUCAAGGAAAAGCGUGGAGAAGCUUCGGGAUGUCUUGCAAGAAGGCAAAGCCAGUGCCGUCACACAAAACAAUGCUGCUAUCUAUCCAGCUUCCAAACAAUACCAUGAAUUUGUAAAGCAGCUAGCUAGUGCUAAUUUACAGGUCAAGCAGGCAGAGAGUGAAGCCAAUGUAUUGCAGAAAUAUAAAGAUUUGGUUGACAAAGGGAAGAAACAGUUUCAGAAAGAGCUUGAAACUCUGAUGCCCAGUGGGAAACUGGCACCUGGCAAAAAGUUGUCCGAGGAUGACCUGAAUGCUCUUAUUGCCCAUGCUCAUCGUAGAAUUGAACAGCUACAGAAACAGAUUGCAGAGCAGCUGGCCUUGGAGAGACACAGACUUGCUUCUGCUCUUGAAACCCAGAGACAGGAAGAUUUGAAAGUAGCUAACAUUGCAUUGGCUGAAGAGCGGCGGCGCAUGCAGACUGAGUUUGAAUCUGAGAAGGUGAAAAUGGAUGUAGAGUACCUAGAGCAGAUGGAAAGCGAGGUCAGGAAGCAGCUGGCUCGCCAGGCAGCAGCUCACAGUGAUCAUCUGAGGGAUGUAUUGAUUGCCCAGCAACAGGAGCUCAGUGUGGAGUUCAACCGAGCAUUGCACCUCAAGAUUUUAGAAGAAAGAGAGAGGUUUCAAGGAGAAGUUGCCGGAUGGAUUGCAAGGUUGAAGGGAAUUGAGACAGCUGUUGAAGCCCGAGCAACAAGUGAAAAACUGUCAAGGGCAGCCCAGGACCUGUGGCUUGCAUGUAUUGCCCUGAAUUCUGCCAUUGCCUACAACAACAUCAGUGAAGAAAGAAAUGUUAAGCCUUUAAGAGACAAUAUAGAGCUCAUACUGCAAGUUGGCCAAAAGCAUCCAUUUGUGGAAACAGUGGCCAGAUCAGUUCCGUAUGCUGCCCUUGAUAGAGGUGUCAAUUCCGAAGAUGAGCUGCGACACAGGUUUAACAAAGUUUCUCGUAUUUGCCGCAGGUUGGGCCUUGUAGACACCACCAACUCAUCCCUUUACAAAUAUCUGAUAUCAUAUUUACACUCUUUCAUUGUACUUGACAAUGUUGUGGCUACCGCAGAAGGGGAGGAAAUUGAUCUUUCAGACUUGGACAAUUUUGCCUUACUGUCCCAUGCACAAUAUUGGAUGGAGAAAGGGGACUUGGAUAUAGCUUUGAGAUUCAUGAUUCAAUUGACGGGAGAGUCUCGCAAAGCUGCCAGUGACUGGAUCGAGGAGACUCGGCUUCUAUUAGAAACAAAACAAAUCGCUAAAACUCUAAUGGCUUAUGCAUCAGCAAUGGGAAUAGCGAAUACAUUUUAG